AUGAAACUGCAGCAAAGGAGUCUAUUUGACUUCUUUUCCAAGAAGGCCCCAGACUCUCCCACACUAACUGCAAGAACAACAACAACAAAAACAACAACAACAGCAGCAGCAGCAGUCGUGGUAGAGGCAGUAAGAAAAACAAGAACGCCUUCGCCUGAAAAGUCUCCACAAACACCGGCAGAUGUGAAGAGGCGCGGCGGCAGUAAACGCCAGCGGGCUGCUGUUCAGACAUCACUCGACUUUGGACAGCGCGACGUGGCGGCGGCCAAAACGUGCGGUCGCUGCGGAAUGUUUUUCAACGCCGCAAUUGAUGCAGACGUUCGGCUUCACCGCCGCUGUUGCACAAUGGCCGCGAGAAGUGACGCCGUUGCCAACACACAUGCGGCGUGGCUCGCCUCGGCGCAACUUGCAAAGGCAUUCGUUACUCUUGUGCGGCCCCAGCGCGGUGGGACGGGGCGGGAGAAUGGAACAACUAGUCACAGCAGCAGCAGUGGAGGAUUUUGCACACGACUGCAGGAAUCCCACAGUGAUGAGUUUGUGUGUUACGUGAUGGACUGCAGUAGACGAGGCUUCGCUGAAGAUGCGCUGGUCUCUCGCUUUGUGGAGGCAUUGCAGUUCACAGAUGUUGUGUUGACUGCGGCUUCCUACACAUUAGUGGCGGUGGUCCAUCACCGGGCGGAGCGUCUACUCUGCGCUGUUGCCGGGCGUCCAUCCACACGCCAGCAGGAACCGCAAUUGCUGCUGCAGCAGCGCAGUGAAGGCGACAUCCCAAUACGAUGCUGCACCAAAUCAAGUGUGACCUUCUGCGAUGUGCCGUACGUGUGGUGUCAGGAGGAGGCGGUGCUCGCAGCAACAGCAACAGAAUGGAAGACUACACAAACAACGGCAUCACUGUUAUCAACACGGACAGCCGUAGAGAAUUUUUUUAACCGCACAGAACGCUGCGAGGGUGGGCAACAGCAACAACAAAAGCAACAACAACUCCGCAAACUUGUCGACACUGCGCUAUCUCGUGCAUUGACAACGUUAGGUCGUCAUGUUACAUAUGGUCAUGCGUUGUGUUCACGUUCACAAUUCUCAUACGAUUGUGGUGUUCUUUCUGAGAAUGUUUUGAAUCGCAUAGAUACCGUCACAAUGUGCAACGGUGCAGUGUCGCUCUAUACACAUACUGAGGAUUACAAUGAUGAAAUUUCAGAGAGUGAAAAUGAGCUUUCCAUCGUUUCGUACAGUGACUAA